AAGCUUCGUACCCCUAUGACGUAAAAUGUUGAGUUUGAGGUGAACAAAAAGCAGCUGAUAAAAGCUUAUUUAGUAUAAAUUUUUAGUUUGUAACCAGUGCAUUAGUGCAUUAAAAAUAUUUAAACGUUUGAGAUAGUGAAGGAAAGCCUAAGAUUAAAGAAAUGAUUGGAAGAGUGUCAACAUUCUUUCGAAAGCAUCCGAUGAUAAAAGGAAUGGCCGUUUACAGCGUAAUUUGGCCAACGUCUUCAGUUGUUCAACAGGUGAUCAAUAAAGAAGAGUUUGACUGGAAAAAGAGUCUGAGAUUCUUUUUGUUCGGUACUUUCUUCGUAGCACCAACACUUUAUGGUUGGAUAAAGCUGUCAUCAAGUAUGUGGCCUCAAAUGAAUUUAAAAUCUGGAAUAGCGAAAGCUGUAGUCGAACAAUUCACAUAUGGACCAUUUGCUGGAGUAUCAUUCUUCACAUUAAUGACACUUAUGGAAGGACGAAGCUUUGGAGAAGCUUGUAGUGAAACAGCAGACAAAUUUCCAAAGACAUUUCGAGUUGCCGUCUGUUAUUGGCCUUUCAUUCAAGUCAUCAACUUUUCUUUUAUUAAAGAAAGAAAUCGAGUUCCGUUUGUUGCCAUGGCAUCUUUCAUUUGGACAAUUUUCCUCGCUUACAUGAAACAACUUGACUCAAAAAUUGUUCACGACGAUCCAGCUUUAUUUCCUAUUCACUUAUCCCAAAUCAAAGUACCCGAUAAUCUCAACAGAAAGGUUCAACAGGAAGAAAAGUGAAAUUAUUAGUUAUUAAAUUUAUUUAUAUUGUUUUCCCAAAGAAUGAUUUAAUUUAUUAUUCUGUGAUCAUCAGCUUGAUGCUGAAUGUCGUCGCGGUUUGUUAGUACAAUUUUAGAUAAAUUUUAUUAAAUAUUUUUAAAAUAAUAUUUAUGUGCUAUUAAUAUUAAGUAUUAAGAAUCGAAAACUGUUAAAUUAUUCCGAAUAAAAUGAAAAGUAUUUUCUUUUGCAUAAAA